ACUUUCCCCCGUUGCUGCUGCGACUCUCUUUCCGUUUGUUUUCCCACCCUCCGUCGACCUCCGUCGCUAUCCCCUUGAUUAAUAUACAUUGAUACACUCCAUCAAAUUGCCCAUUCAACCCAUCAAUAUAUGCUGUAGGUUGAAUUCACGGGCUCAGUCACCUGGAAACUCAAUUGCGCUCGUCUUGGGCAACGGCCGCCUGAGCCAUGUUCCGCAGAAAGAGGAGCUCCUCUCAACAUCAGCAUCCUCUCUCGGUCUCCUCCUCUCAAUCCGCGCAAUCCGCUGCCAGCCAUGCUUUUCUCAAAUCCCAACCCUCGUCCAGCAGUCUCUCCUCCGCCGCCGCGGCCGCCGCCCUGCGCAGCCUCACCCCCACCCCAACCCCCGUCGAAAAUGUGCAGACCAAGCGGAUGAUGCAGCGGCGGACUUCCGUCUCCUCGCAACUAAGUGGCACGCCGAGCCUGCGACCCAUUAGCGGAAAUGGGGUCCGUCGCUCCAGCAGUUCCGCCUCCAUGACGCAUCGCACUUUUCGAGAUCAAUCCCCGCGGCGACCCGCAUCAAGCGCUGGACCUGUCGACCCCGCACCGCCGCUCCCGUCCAUCCCCCGCGAAUAUACCGGGCGAAAGGACCAAGCACGUCGAUCGGUGAGCAUGGGCCCAUCGUUGCGGCAAAGUCCGCGCGGGAAAUCGAUGGCCGACCAGGGAACAACCGGGGAUCGCACUGCCGCCCCUAAGCCGCCGAAACGAGCGCCCGCACAAGCACCCGCAUCGACGCCGUCCCCGGAGCCGCGACGACCCGCGAGUCGAAACUCGAUCAACUUCUCAUAUCCGAUGGGCUCACGUCCGACAUCGCCGACGGGUUUGAUGGAAAUGGAUGCAUCGACGACUAUCUCUCUGGCCGGUCAGCUUUCCGCUGCAGAGUCUCCGAAGGUUACGAGCAAUAGCCCCCGAGCAACGCGGGGUGCCAAAACCAGGGGUGUCUCCCCCGGUAGUCCGGGACAGCGUCCAUCGUCUGCAGGGACUGCGGUGGCUGCUGCACAGGCUGCCAUUGUACCCCGAAGCCAAGAAGCGAGCCCAGUUGCUGCGUCUCCGCGGAGACCCUCAUCUCAAGAUCGAAGUAUUCCGGACACAGCACCGACCCAACAGCUCCUGGCACCCGAAGCCCGACAUCCUACACGCCCUGCCUUGGUGAAACGCCCGUCAACUGUGCCGGAAGAUGCCCAAGGGGAGGAACAGGCAGAAACCUCUGCCCCCGCCCAGCGAGCAGAGCUCCCUCAUGGGGGUACUGUGACACCAGAGAGCCCACAGACCAUCAAACCGCAAUCUACGCCGGACCAGACUAAGGAUCAAUUACUUAGCCCCCCGAUAAGCCCGCCGAGCUCGCAGCCUUCCGUCGACGCCAGUGCUGAACCGCAGCCGUCAUAUAUGCGUCAAUCCAGCAGUCCCGGGCGCUCUGCUCGCUUCUCAAGAAACCUAUUGGUGGCGAACCUUCCAAGCGAUCACCUUCACCAACCCCCACCAAGGUCCGUGUCGCCGGCCAAAUCUGCACUAAAACAUACCCGGAAAGACGGCCUUGCUUCCGAUCCCCACCCAGAGACAGUGCUGCGACCAGGCCCUGCGCUUAGUGAACUAUCCGAUGGUACUUCUGUCGCGUCCGAUGAUGGUUUAAAGCAGGGGACUCGAAAGAGGCAUGCCAAAGUCAGCUUCGAUGAUGAGGCGGAAAUCGUGGGCACGGCAGCGAGCCCGCCGACAUCUCCCGACGAGGUUCUGCCCGAGUCGCCGCAAACCAAGCCCAAGAGUAAGGGUGGGUGGUUUGCGAAGCGAAAACAUAAUCUACGAAGCGGGACGCCUGAUGAUUUCGAGCAUAUGCUGAAACCUCGACUUGCUCUGCCCUCAUUUGGCAGUAUUCGAGGUAACAGGACGGGCGGUCAGCCGGAGCCGCAGCCUCGUGAGAUUAGCGACAAUGAAUCCACGACCUCGUCCGACUCUCCAGUUGAUACGUCGAGGUUUUCAUUCUCUAAAGACCAUGCUGUGGGAAGUGUCCUAGCCACUGCUCAGAGUGAUUUGCCGCAAGAGAGCAUAACGCAUGUUCGUCCUGCUAGUCUCCUACCAACAGUGUUGGAGCUAGAAAAUCCGUCAGAAUCGAGUCACAGGGAUGAUCAGGUAGAACGGCUAGGCACGGCAAUCGGCCACCCGGCGGAGGUCAACGCCCCAGCUGAGGCAACACAACCACAAAAUCCCAGACAGACUUUGGCAGUUCCUGAUAUUACCGUUCAACCAGCUUCGCCCGAACUUGAAAAAGAGCGCCCGAGCUUGGAAUGGUACGAAGUCCCUGGGGGCUUUCCACGUUCCUCCUUAGAGUCGGAUCCCUCACAGGCAAAGUCCAAGAGAAAGUCAAUCACAUGGGACGACACCGAUGUCAUGGUUGAUUCAGCCGCGGAGCGAGAGACUGACGACGAGUCCGGUGAGAGCGUCUACAGUGAUGCAGAGGAGGGCGUUAAUGGCCAUGGCUUUGGCUCUAUUGAUGCUGUCGUCGAUGGCCGGCCGCCGCUUCCCUCGUUCCAAGGCUCAGCCACAGGACUUGGUCUCUCUGAUGAGAACCAGCAUCAUACGGAUGAGUGGUCGGAUUCAGAGUAUCCACAGACAUGUCAGAUUGCCCGUGCGAGCUCUCCAGUGCAGGAUACAGCCCUCAGUCCCGUCCCAGAAUCCCCCGAGUCGGUGCAUCAAGCCAUGCCUUUCUCGUCCCCUUAUCCUCCUUUCGCAGCGCCGUCCCAGGCGAAAAGCCAAGAUGGUUCGGCCCAAGUCGGUCUCGCACGGUCGGCUUCUCACCAUGUCAAGUCUGUUGAACAACCCAACCUAGGCGAUCGUGCAGACAACACAGCAACGAAGACCUCUGACGUCCCGCAGGCAACUGCUACUCAAGACCGGGCGAGGCCAAUGUCAUGGAGUCCUGCUGCCAUGCAAAAUGGAGUCGGCGGUAGGAACCGUGCGUCAGCAGCGAACGGCAAGGCAUCAACUCCGCAAAGAACGUUAUCCAGUGGCAGCGAUUCUUCGAGCAGCUUCAAGCGAGCCAGUCGUUCAUCUCGGGCUGAGUCGAACCACACCAUGCGUCUGACGAUGCGGGGCGCCCCUCCAGUCCGACAGGCCCCAGCCCGGACAAUGUCCCCGCCCGCCGACUCACGUCCGCGUUCGCCGCAAUCGGGUGGUAAUAUGCGGACCACACUUCGAAUGAAUGGAACCAAGCGCGAAAAGGGCUCAUUCUUUUCCAAUAAGUCGCCGAAGAACAAGGUAUCCAAGGUACCUGGUAGUCGAUUCACUUCACGCUUCCCUGAUUCGGACGACGACGAGGGCUUCGACAACUGGAGAUCACGAUAUCGGUAUGACGACUCUAGUGACGACGAGGAUGAACGAGCACCAGCUCCGCUACCCCCUGUUCGAGGAAUACCUCGGCGACAUGGUGCACACGACGGCGAUUCUACGGAGCUAGAAGACAGCUCUGACGAGGAGCGGCAGGCGGCUGCGUCUCGACUGCGAGCUGCUGUGCCGUCUCCCCGCAAGCCAGGCCCAACACGGGACCCUGCCUUGGCAGCAGUGGCUCGGAGUCGUGGCAUGACGGAUGAGGAGAUGGACGAGUUUCUCCAGCCCAACCGAGGGCGCAAGGCGGGACUGUUCCAUCGGUUCAGCAUGCGCAAGUCCAAGUCGCCUGUUAAUCGCAAGUCCCUCACAAAUGGUACCACUCGAAAUGGCGGUCUUGCAGAGCGUUCGCGCGCGGAAGGCGAGCAAGAUCCCCCACUGCCUGGAGCUCAAACCAACGUCGUCACCACUAUCACGGCGACCAACCCGCCGCCACCAUCCUCGUCCAAGCUUGUGCGACGUGCAUCACAGCGAUCCUCGCGCAGUGACGGUUGGCCGUUACGCACCGAGCGUAAGGAAUCGGGAACUGCACCUGUAGCUGCCACCAACGGCGUUGACGAGCGCCUCGCGACCGUUGACGAGCAUGCCGGCAAUAGCCCGAUUCCCGCUCCUGCCGGCGGACCCGCCUCCCAAGAGAAACAGGAUCCUUCCAUCCCAGCAGCAUCGACGACGAAGAACGAUUCUCGUCCCGCCGCCGACCUUGUCAUUGCAUCUUCUGGGCGCAAAAAACGCUUUCCCCGACUCCGCAAGGCGUUCGGCUUGCGCGACUGACCGACUCCACAUCUUAUCAUUCACUUUUUCACUUCUAAUAUAUAUAUUGCACCAAUCUUUUGCCAUUCUUCUUCCCUCCUUUGCACUUACUUCGGUCUUUGAUCCAUUUCGAUGUACUUUUGUUAUAAUAUCCGCGGAGCCUUACUUUGCAUCCGGAAACCACUACCUAUAAUCAUAAUGCAGGCCAAUGAUACUUAUCAAAAGAGUUUUUUUCGGAGAGUUUAGGCAGC